CACCAUCCAAAUUUGUAGAGCUGCCAUUUGUUUGACCUCUCCAAGCUCCAAAUCUGUCCCGGGAUCCAACCAUCCAGCCAGCCCAGCCAGCCAGUCAAACACCCCUCCUCCCCCCCAAUUCCGUGCGAUAGAGACGUCGGUAGAGAGAAUUCAGAGCUAUACAACGUUUCCCCCAGGGAAUUCGACCGACCCCUCUCACAAUGGCUGCUCCCGUCGUCACCGUCGGCGAGACCAAGGAGCUGCGCGGCCUGAACCUGAUCGCGGCGCAUUCGCACAUCCGCGGCCUCGGCGUAGAUCCGGACACGUUAGAGCCUCGCGCAGCGUCGCAAGGGCUCGUCGGCCAGGAGAAGGCGCGGAAGGCGGCGGCGGUCAUAUUAGAGAUGAUCAAGGUCGGCAAGAUUGCCGGGAGAGCGGUGUUGAUUGCCGGGCCACCAAGCACCGGCAAGACAGCCAUAGCGAUGGGCAUGGCGCAGUCGCUCGGCCCCGACGUACCCUUCACGACGCUCGCCUCGUCCGAGAUCUUCUCCCUCGACAUGUCCAAGACCGAAGCCCUGACGCAGGCGUUCCGAAAGUCGAUCGGCGUGCGCAUCAAGGAGGAAUCCGAGAUCAUGGAGGGCGAGGUGGUUGAGAUCCAGAUCGACCGCAGCGUGACGGGCGGCGCGAAGCAGGGCAAGCUCACCAUCAAGACUACCGACAUGGAGGCCGUGUACGAUAUGGGCACUAAGAUGAUCGAGGCCAUGACCAAGGAGCGCGUGAUGGCCGGCGACAUCAUCUCCAUCGACAAGGGCAGCGGCAGGAUCACCAAGCUCGGCCGCAGCUACGCCCGCAGCCGCGACUACGACGCGAUGGGCGUCGACACCAAGUUCCUGCAGUGCCCGGACGGCGAGCUGCAGAAGCGCAAGGAGGUCGUCCACACCGUCACCCUGCACGAGAUCGACGUGAUCAACUCGCGCACGCAGGGCUUCCUCGCCCUCUUCAGCGGCGACACGGGCGAGAUCCGCAGCGAGAUCCGCGACCAGAUCGACACCAAGGUGGGCGAGUGGAAGGAGGAGGGCAAGGCCGAGAUCGUGCCGGGCGUGCUCUUCAUCGACGAGGUGCACAUGCUCGACAUCGAGUGCUUCUCGUACGUCAACCGCGCGCUCGAGGUCGACCUCGCGCCCGUCGUCAUCAUGGCGAGCAACCGGGGCCACUCGCGCAUCCGGGGCACCGACUACCGCAGCCCGCACGGGCUGCCUCUCGACUUCCUCGACCGCGUCGUCAUCAUCCAGACCGCGCCGUACUCGGCCGACGAGAUCCGCCAGAUCCUCGCCAUCCGCGCCCAGGAGGAGGAGGUGGACGCGUCCGCCGACGCGCUCGCCCUGCUCACCAAGAUCGGCCAGGAGGCCGGCCUGCGCUACGCCAGCAACCUCAUCACCACCUCCCACCUCGCCAGCGCCAAGCGCCGCGCCCGCCAGGUCUCCGUCGACGACGUCCGCCGCUCCUUCAAGCUCUUCUACGACCCCGCCCGCUCCGUCGCCUUCGUCAACCAAUUCGAGAAGCGCCUCAUCGGCAACGACGGCGCCGUCGACUUCACCGUCUCCCCCAACGGGCUCGCCACUGCCACCGCCGCUCCCGCCGCCGCCGGUGGGGACGCGAUGGAGAUCAGCUGAGCGCGCGCCCUGGCGCGUAUAGAGAGAUGCGAUUGUAACCCUGCACGCGAGCAUGGGCUCGUUUUCUCGGAACCAACCCCCCUUUCGGAAGGGGGGGUCCAAAUGGCAGCGCACCGGCGUUUAGAUGGGAAUAUAUGUCGACCGCACCAAACCCCCUCCCCCACCAAAAAUGGCAAAGAUGGUCCAGGCUGGAUAGAUAGAUAGCAACCCCCCGCACUAGUUUAUGUCUGCGACCGCCGCUGCAGCUUCUUGUACUGGCGGAAUGGGUAACUGACGAGGUAUAAGUGGGAAGUAUUGUGGGAAAGGUAUACCGGCGUACGCGGAUCUCAAUACCAAAAUUUUAACGUUCUUUUUUUUUUCUUCUCCAUCCUCCUCCUCCGCUCCGAUAACCCCGUCUUCAGUGGUCAGCCUCAGGUAGAACGAAGUC